UAGGCUGCCAUUAUGUAAGCAUCUCGACUCAAGUGGAACAUUUAUUACCAAUCGUUCAUUCAAACAUCGCUUUACGGCAGCUUCCAAAAUGAACUUCAGUGAGGGAUCUGCGGAAUCAAAGAAGCAGGUAAUACAACUCCGCGAUCUGUAUUUGGAUGCUGUCAUAGUACCAUGAAAUCUUGAUUAACAUGGAACAACAUAGCAGAUUCUCUACACCCCAUUUUGACAACAAGUCCAUUGUACUAGCCUCAGCAUAAACUCGUCCUCCAAUCUAUUCUAAGUUUAUCGUUGAAAGAAAGCUCUUGCUUGAAGGAGACUCUGCACUCAAACAGCAACAAAAUAUUGGCGCAAAACAUCUGCAACAAAAUGCCCAAAGAAAAUGUGGAUGAAUAUCAGCUUCUGCUCAUUAAAGGAGCACAAGACAGAAAGUGGCUAAAGUUUCCAAGCAAAUCUCUUCUUCUGGCUGUGUGUGCUGCUUGUAUCGGAGGAACCUUUCAGUAUGGAUAUAAUGUAUCUGUCAUCAAUGCACCCACACAGUCUGUGCAGAAAUUCAUCAACCAAACCUGGAGGGAGCGCUACCAAACCGGCAUAUCAGAAGAUGUUCUCACCCUUCUCUGGUCCACUAUUGUGUCUAUGUUCACUUUAGGAGGAUUUGUAGGAGUAACGAUUGGUGGGACGUUGUCUGUAAAGCUCGGCAGGAAAGGGACUCUGCUGACCAAUAACAUUUUUGCAUUACUGGCUGCUCUGCUGAUGGGUCUGAGCCACCCUGCAGGAUCAUUUGAAUUACUCAUCAUCGGACGUCUUCUCAGUGGAAUAAAUGCAGGUAUUGGCCUAUGUGUUCAGCCUCUGUAUCUGGGUGAAAUCGCCCCGACUGCAAUACGUGGAGCUAUGGGGAUGGGAACCUCGGUUUUCAUCACUGGUGGGAUCUUGACUGGACAAGUGAUGGGUCUCAAAGAGCUCCUGGGAAGAGAGGAGCACUGGCCCAUCCUGCUCUCCACCACUUGCAUCCCGGCGUUCCUGCAGCUCCUGAUCCUGCCGUGGUUCCCGGAGAGUCCACGCUACCUGCUUAUUGACAAAGCAGACGAUGAAGGGUGUAAGAAAGCUCUGAAGCAGCUGCACGGUAUGGCUGCCUGUGACGGUGAGCGUGAGGAUAUCGAGAAGGAGAAGAACAAUUUAGUUGGAUUCCAGGCCAAGAAACCGUGGGAGCUGUUCACUGAUCGCAGUUUACGCUGGCAGCUUCUCACCAUCAUUGUGCUCAGCAUUGCACAACAGCUGAGCGGCAUCAAUGCUAUUUACUUCUAUGCAGAGUACAUGUUCAAACAAUCAGGUAUUCCCGUUGAUAAAAUCCCAUAUGCGACUGUCGGAACUGGUGCCUGUGAAUGCAUCACAGCCUUAACAUGUGGAAUGCUCAUCGAAUGUCUGGGAAGGAAAGUGCUCAUCGCAGGCGGAUACACUCUGAUGAGCAUCUGCUGCAUUUUAUUCACGCUGACGCUCACUUUUCAGGAUGCCAGCCCAGUGUUCCCAUACUUGAGCAUGGUGUGUGUUUUUGCUUUUAUCUUGAGUUUUGGCUUGGGACCAGGUGGCGUGACCAACAUCUUAAUCACUGAGCUGUUCACACAAAACGCACGCCCUGCAGCGUACAUGAUCGCCGGAUCAGUGAACUGGCUGAGCUUUUUCUCCAUUGGCAUGAUCUUCCCCUUUAUUGUGCUCGGCCUGAAGCAGUACUGUUUCCUGGUCUUCCUGGUCGUCUGCUGCUCAGUGGGAACGUACAUUUUCCUUGUUGUUCCCGAAACUAAGAACAAAACUUUCCUGGAAAUCCAGAAUGAGUUCCAGUCGUCCAACAAGAGGAAGGUGGGCAGCUCUGAUGGAGCAGGGACAACACUGCUAACGACUUCUAUAUGAGACGCACCUCAUAUCUGAGGGGUCGAGUGACUGAAGCCUCUUUGUCUCUCACAAUCGUUAUGACACAAAGAUAAUUAAUGAGAAUUUCAAGUUUAGACAUGACACUACAUGUCCGUGAUGUAGCGUAACAAUGAAUUACACUGUCAACUAUGGUGCCUUCAGAGAUGUGCUGGAUAGUCGUAGCUGAAUCUCUCUAGAUGAUCUACAAAGUGAUCCUGUUGCUUCAUAUUUUCGUAUGACAAGUUCUGGUUUUCAAAGCUUUUAUAAAGGGUGCUCAACUGAGACUUUUCAAUAAAGAUAAGUUUGUGAA